UAAAAAUUUAGUGUCUCAGUAGUUAAUGAACAAAAUGGAAAGUCACAUUGUAGUUCUGUGUUGCCUCUUGGCAAUUACUUUUGCCGAGGAAACGAAAAGUCCACAAAUCGAUGCCGAACUCAUCAUCGAUCCACUGAAAAUCAAUAGAAUAGUUGGUGGACACCCGGCAAGAUCGGGUGAAUUUCCCCAUCAAGUUAGCUUGCAACUAGGACGGCCGCCGAUCAUGCCGUACCAGCACAUGUGCGGGGGCUCGAUCCUCGACGAGCAGUGGAUUUUAACGGCAGGGCAUUGCGUGAAACAUUUACCCGAUCAAAUGUACCUCAUCGUGAAAGCUGGAAAACUUCACAUCCACGAUAAUGAGCCUUCGGAACAAACUGCUAAUGUGGCAUCAAUAUUCAUAAAUCGAAAUUACAAAGGUGACGUAGCACCAUUCGAUAUAGCAUUAUUGAAGUUAGCCAAACCCUUGGUAUUCAGUAAAAUGGUGCAGCCUAUUGGUCUGCCAAAAGCCAACGCUAUUCCUGAAGGAGUUGCUACCCUGUCUGGUUGGGGCUCAACUUCAAAAACGUCUACACCCAAUCUACCGAAUCAUUUGCAAAAGGUCAAUCUGCCCUUGCUGGAUAUUGAGACGUGCAGGAAGGCGAUGAGACUAGUGGGUCAAGUGGCUGAAGUUCAUGAUACGAAUGUUUGCACCGGGCCAUUGAGUGGAGGGCACUCCUCUUGCAGCGGAGAUUCUGGUGGUCCUUUGAUAUUGCACCACGAGCAUGGGCCAAGUGAACUGAUCGGAGUUGUCUCGUGGGGUGUAGUGCCUUGCGGAUCUCCAGGAGCUCCGGCUGUAUUUGUGAGAGUGUCGGCCUUCAAUGAUUGGAUUCAGUCUAUCAUUCAGAAUAAUUAGAAAAAACUCAAUUGAUUUACUUUAGUUACUUAAUUUAUAUUAGUGUACAUAAAAAUUUUCAUUAAAAAUAUUUUAUUAAAAAUAGUAUAUUUAAGUUUUUAAAAUAUAUUGUACUAUUGAUUUUUGAUAAAGUAAUUGUAACAUUACAAAUUGAUCAUGUGGUUAUUUUGCGUGAAAAACAAUGAAAUAUGAUUGUUAGCUUGUCAAAAUUCGAUUUGUUUAAUAACAAAAAUCGGUUCGAAUUAGUAAUGACACGUAAAAUACGUAUGAGUCAAAUAAACAAUCAGUCUUCAAGUUCACAUUGAAAACGUUUGCACUGAUCGAAUCAGUGUCAUUAGAUCCGUAAGCUAGAUUACUGAAAUUACACUAACUAAUCUUUCUCGUUGACUGCUGUAUCAAAAAUGUUUUAAUGCGCACAUUGCAUAAGAUUUAUAUCAAUGGAUGAAUUAAAUCUAAUCAAUAUUUAUAACUAUUAGAUUUGUUACAAAAAUGUCAAUUGUGAAAAACUUUGUGUAAAUAAUAA